UGAUUUCUUCUCCAUAGGCAGGAAACGGAAUCCUGGGCUGAAGAUUCCAAAAGAAGCAUUUGAACAGCCUCAGACCAGUUCAGCACCUCCUCGGGAUUUAGAUUCCAAGGCUUGCAUCUCAAUUGGCGAUAAGAAUUUUGAAGUGAAAGCUGAUGACUUGGAGCCUAUAGCAGAACUAGGACGAGGUGCAUAUGGGGUGGUGGAGAAGAUGCGACACAUGCCUAGUGGGCAGAUCAUGGCAGUGAAGCGAAUCCGAGCAACUGUGAAUAGCCAGGAACAGAAGAGGCUACUCAUGGACCUGGAUAUCUCCAUGAGAACAGUGGAUUGCCCCUUCACAGUCACCUUUUAUGGUGCACUCUUUCGGGAGGGUGAUGUGUGGAUCUGUAUGGAACUCAUGGAUACCUCACUGGACAAGUUCUACAAACAAGUCAUCGAUAAGGGCCUAACGAUCCCAGAGGACAUCUUAGGAAAAAUUGCAGUUUCUAUUGUAAAAGCCUUAGAACAUUUACACAGUAAACUUUCUGUCAUUCAUCGAGAUGUCAAGCCAUCUAAUGUGUUGAUCAAUACACUGGGCCAAGUGAAGAUGUGUGAUUUUGGUAUUAGUGGUUAUCUUGUGGAUUCUGUGGCCAAAACUAUGGAUGCAGGAUGCAAGCCUUACAUGGCUCCUGAAAGAAUAAACCCAGAACUAAACCAGAAGGGAUACAAUGUGAAAUCUGAUAUUUGGAGCCUGGGCAUCACAAUGAUUGAACUGGCAAUCCUUCGGUUCCCCUAUGAUUCCUGGGGGACACCAUUUCAGCAACUCAAACAGGUAGUGGAAGAACCAUCACCUCAAUUACCAGCAGACAAGUUCUCAGCAGAGUUUGUUGACUUUACCUCACAGUGCUUGAAGAAGAAUUCCAAAGAACGGCCAACAUACGCAGAACUUAUGCAACAUCAGUUUUUCACUCUGCAUGAAUCCAAAGCAACAGAUGCAGCAUCUUUUGUAAAACUGAUUCUUGGAGACUAAAAACCAUUGGACUCAAUCACUUGGCCCUCCUGUGGAUUGGUGGGUUUAGGGGAUGGAGCUUCUUCACUAAAGCAUCAAUAGAAACUUGGCAUUCAGAUGAUGCUGAUGCUUAUUUUUUUAACCUUGCCUCUCAAAAGGUUGUUUGUUUAUUUUGUUGUUGUUGUUGUUUAUUUUUUUUCCCAAAGGGGUCUUGGAAUCCAUAGUGUAUAGAAUGAACUGUUUAGUCAGAUGAAAUAUAAUAAGGCUCAGACUUUACAACUUUGAACAGGUGAUUAAAUAUUUAAUGACAUGUCACAAGACUCCUUAACCUUUUAAGCCUUUUCCUGUUCCUCUCCAAGGAGAAUACAUUUGUCUGGGUUAAUAGGUGCUAUGGUAGUUAUGAAGUCCUAUGUAGAUUUAUAUUUUGUUCUUCCUAUUGUUUUAAUAUUUAUGCUUGAUUUGAAUAGAUUUUGUUUUAUAUGAGGGAGACCUUAUGAAAGAGGAGGCUAUGAUGUCAAUAUUCAUAAGGCUUUACAAGGGAAAAAGUUAAAGAACCUUUGGUCUCUAAAAGGAACAAUUUAAUAUGCAUCCUUAAGAACUUCAAUAACAACAUUUUCUUCCCAAGAGCCUAUUCCAACUGCUGCUGCUGCUGCUACCAUCUUCCCAAACACCUUAUUCAAUACUGGGUAUUCAUUAACUAUUCUGUGUGAUAUGGUAAAGUAUCCCAGUACUACCUUGUCCAGUUUUGGAAGAAGUAAAAUCAAUUUAUCGUGGCUCAAAGUGGAGACAUAGCUUGCUUCUCGUGGCAUUUAUGACACUUUUAACUUGAGUGUGAUAUAUAUCUACCCUCCUACAGAAGGAGGGCAUAUGUGUAUGUGUCUGUAUGUGUAUGUAUGUGUGUGUAUAUUUGUUUUUGGUAGGCAGUGAGCCUUGCCAAGUAUCUUCUAUUUAUAUUAUUCUGUGUUCAGUAAGAAUGAUUGCUUAUCAGUGUUGUCUUGGGAGCUGGAGAGGGAUGUUAUAUAUCCAACCAAUCAGGGAACUGGUGCCUUUUUCUGGUUCUAUCUGUUCUGAAAUGUGUAGGCCACAAAUAUUAUUUCUUUAUCAUUGUGGCUAAUGGAGUGUUUAUUCUUCUCAACCCUUGCUCAAAUGAAGGAAUCUCACCUUUAAUUAUUUAUCUUCUAAGUAGAAGGGCUCUAUCAAGGAAAAAUUUUGGGAUAGGUUGUUGUUUCUUGAAUAAGAUGAGGAGAAUCAGGGAGAGAAGUUAGUACUGUCAUGCUGACUCCAAGUUUCUGUAGCCUGCAAACAGGAUGAAGCCUCUCACUGAUAAUACACAGUCACUAGACACAGGAAAAUUCCAUUGGAACUCUUAGGAGGGUACACUAUCUGAUUCUUCCUGUGGCUGCCUCUGGAUCUAAGUUCUAUAUUGAUGGACUCUGGGUGAUUAUAAGACCAAGGAGUGCCAAAGGUUCCAAAUAAUUUUUGGAUGUGCUAUAAUAUUGGAACUCCUUUUGGUAUUGGAAAGAAUUCUUACCCAAAGCAUCCUCCUGAAGUAUGAGAACAUCUGAAGUAUGAAGAGGGUUGAUCACAAUUUCUCACAAUGUGGGUCAUCACCUAAACACUAGGAAGCAAUGAUUUGCUCUACUAUACAUUUGGAAAUGGAAAUACAACCAAAUCUUUUUUUUUUUUUAUUGCCACUGUUUCUUUAGUCUCCUUCACUGUUACCUUUUAAGUGCAUUAGUGCUUGAUGCAGGCAAAUGCCAUGCUUUUUUGUGUCUACUUCACAUGAAAGAGUAUCUCUUUCCUACAAUUCUUAUUGCAACUGUACUGAAAUUGUCACCAAUAUACUUGUCCAGCUUUGGAAAAGAAGCAUUGAGCCAAUGGACAUAUAAAUGUACUUUUUUCAUCUUGCUCUGUCUCCCCAAGAGAAGAUAUUUCUGUGAUAGCCUCAGAAGAUGUAAGGAGAAAGAGCCAAAAUAUUACAAUACACUCAGAUUUGCAUGUUUUUAUUUAGACAGAGGUCUUUUUAUUCUGCUUAAUUUAAAACAAAGCUAUCAAUCUUCAUGAUUUUUGAAUAGCCUUAAAUGGUUCUGUAAGUAGGGGAAAUGUCUUCUUAUAGAAGAGAAGGCUGAAGUAUAUGGUCAGAAAAGAAAAGCUUGUUUAUGUUUAUUAUAGUGUGUACUAUUUCUAUUUAUGUGAAAAUAUGAACUAUGUGGGGGGAAAACAACAGAGAGCAUAUUUGAGUUUCAUCUUUAGAUAAAGUGUGAAGAUUUUCUUUUUCAAAAUAAACCAAAAAAUCUACCCAGAGUUAACCAGAAAAGGCUUGACUCUCAGGCCUUUUCUCUAUAAUUCUGGCUUUACACACACAUAUGCAUGCAUAUAUAGGUAUAUAUACGUGUGUACAUAUAUACUUAUUUGUGUGAAAUAUACACAGGUACAUGUAGAGUCCCAUAUAUAUAUAUAUAUAUAUAUAUAUGUACUUGAUUUAUGAAUAAUCCAUACAUACAAAUGAACCACAGGAGAAUCUAUGAGUGGAGCUUUUGCCCUCUAUGAAGCCAACCCUCUGAAUUUAAAAUACUUGGGAACGAUUGACAUAUUAGACAACAAUAUUGAUUCACAGAAUCCUAAAAUUGGAAGGGAUCUUAGAGGCCAUUGAGUCUACUCCAAUUUUGACUUAGAAUCCUCUCUACACUGUACUUGGUAAGGGGUCAUACCAUCUCUGCCUGAAGAUGUCCAGUGAAAGAGAAUUAACUACCUCAUGAAGCAGUCCAUUCUGCUUUUGGAUAGCUCUAAUAGUAAGAAAGGUUUGCCUUAUGCUAAUCCUAUUUUGCCUAUUUGCAACUUCUGCCCAUUGUUCCAAGGUCUUCCUUUUGGAACCAGGCAGAACAAGAUUAAUUACUUUUCUACACAAUGACUCUUCAGAUACUUAAAGAUAGCUAUUGUUUCUCCUUAAAUUUUUUUUUCUUUCCAUCUAAACAUCCUCAUUCACUUGGUUGAUACUCAUAUGGCACAAUCUUGAGGCUUUUCACACUCCUGAUUGUCUUCUUCUGUAAACUCUGUAGGUUAUAAAUAAUCUUUCUAAAAUAUGGCACUCAGAACUUCAUUCCAUACUCUAAAUGUGUUCUGAUAAAGGCAGAACAUAGAGGUAAUAUCAUUUCAUUUGUCCUAAACAUCACGAUUCUCAAUGUAGUUUAAACUUUUAUUGAUUUGAAAUUAUAGCCAAUUUAAUCUCUCCCUCUUUUUCUAACUGUUGUGUAGCUAUGUCUCCCCAUUUUGAACUUAUAUGUUGGUUUUUUUUUAACUCAAAUUUGAUUUUAUUUUUAUCAAAUUUCAUAUUUUAAAAAUUUGGGUUUAUGACCUAAAAUUUGUCAAGAUUUUUAAAAAUCUUGAUUCUGUCCCACAACAAAUUGACUAUUUUUCAUAGGUUUUAUGUCAUUUACAAAUUUGUAUGAUUUCUAAAUCUUUGUCAGGUCAUUGGCAAAGAUGUCACGAUACCUUGGACAUAGUAUCUAUACACUUUGGUAUAUAGAUAUAUAGUAUCUAUACAACUCUUUGCAAAUGGAAACAAACCAUUAAUGACUGAGUUUAGCUACUUAGUGUAGAAUCCAUGUAAUUAUAGUAUAUUCUAGUCCUAGACUACAUCAUUCUUAUCUUUGCCACAAGAAGAGUAUGUGAUACUUUGUCAAAUACUUUCAAUGAAUCAAUCAGUAAACGCUUGCUAGAUAUCUAGUAGAGCCAGGCGCUAUACUAAAUGCUGGGUAUAUAAAAAAGGAACCAAAUUUAGGCCCUUUCCAUAAUGAGUUUAUUAUCUAACGGGGGACAUCUGGUUAAACCCAAUCCAUGUUCCUGAAACUACUAGUAUGGUAAUCUUAUUAAAAGAGAAAAUUAGAUUAAUCUUUCAUGACUUGUUCUUGAUGAGAACAUUAUAUCUACCUCCUUUUACAGAUUUGCAUUCUUUUAUUAAUACUUUCUAGCAUCUUGUUAGGAAUGAAAGUCUGCUAACCUGACAAUAGUUUGUAGAUUCAAUUCUCUUCUGUUUUAUGAAAAUUAGGACAUUAUAUGCCUCCUUCAGGUCCCUGACCUUUGAAUGAUCACUGCCAGUAGUUUGGCCUCUGCUGAAUGAAUGAAUGAACCAAACAAUAGAAUUUUUUAUUAAGCACUUACUAAGUGUGAGGUACUUUGCUAUAGUAGCAGAGGUACAUAUAAAAAAUAGACAGUUCCUAGGAUGUAUUUUAUUGGGCAUCACCUCAUUUAUUUUGAGUAUCACUUCCCAGUAUCCCUUCUGGUUAUGCCCUUUCUAGCCCAAAGCUCUUUCUCUCAGGCAAAGAAAAUAGAGGCAAAAGAAUUAAACAACUCUCAUGUUCUUUCCAUACUUAGUUAGAAUUAUCUAUUUUCCCUGAGAAGCAACCCAGCUCCUUUUUUAUCUUUCCCCUUUCCCCAAUAUAGCUACUCUACUCUUUUUUUUUCUUUUGCUAAGGCAGUUGGGGUUAAAUGACUUGCCC